AUGGCCUCUCACCACGUGAUCAUGGUCCAGCCCCAAUUUUCGGUGGCCCCGCGGGUGGGCGAGUGGCGAUCGGGGCUGCUGGACUGCUGCUCUGACUUUGGCGUGAGUAUUUGCGGAGCCUUCUGCUUCAGCUGCCCGGGGUGCCAAGUGGCCGGGGACACGGACGCGUGCUGCCUGUGCGGCUCCAGCGUGGCCAUGAGGAUGCUCUACCGCACCAGAUACAACAUCCCGGGCUCCAUUCUGGGUGACCGGGCCUCCGCCAUGGGCUGCCCCAUGUGUGCGCUCCGCCAGCUGAAGGGAGAUAACCGGAGGAAGGAGCUGGGCACGUUCUGGUAA